UGAGUUUAUUAAUAACAGGAUUUUCUGCGCAAUUACACCCUACCAGAGAGAGAAAGAGAGUUUAGAGAGAGAGAGAGCAAUGGCAGGUGGUGGUGGAAAAGUCUCCUUCAAAGUGACUCUCACCUCCGAUCCUAAGCUUCCCUUCAAAGUGUUUAGCGUUCCAGAGGCGGCUCCUUUCACUGCCGUUCUCAAAUUCGCCGCCGAGGAAUUCAAAGUCCCUCCCCAAACAAGUGCUAUUAUCACCAACGAUGGUAUAGGCAUCAAUCCUCAGCAAAGUGCAGGCAAUGUCUUCCUCAAACAUGGUUCUGAACUGCGACUAAUUCCCCGUGAUAGAGUCGGAGCUUUCAGCACAUUGAAGGCUUCAUCGUUAUCAGAGUAAAAGGAGUGGUCUACUUACUUUAUUUAAUUCUGAUUAAUCUUCUAAAUUAUUGUACCCUUAUAUGAGGCUUGGAGCAACUUAUAUCAUAAGCUCCCUCUUGAAAAUUUAGAUGAUGAUGAAGUCUUUAAAUAAUGGUGGAAGAAUAUAGAAAACACAGUAGUUAUUACUUCAGUAGCUUUACUAUUUCCCUUUCAGCCAAUCUCUGGUGGGGUCUUGGAUCACCAUGUGUGGCAUGUUUCCAGACCUCAGUGGUGAACCUCUAUGUUCUUCUUUCUUUUUCAUUUCCUUUAGAUAACAUAAUUAUUGCGGGAUGCUUGGCCAGACCUCACUGAA